AACGCCGCCGCAAAAGCCAAACAAACCCCAAUAGCCUCGUACUCGUGACCGCCCUUCCUCCAGUCCUUCCCAGCACACAGCCAGCCAAGCCAGCACACGAGGAAGAGGAAGGAAGAGAGACCGACCGAGAGACCGAGCAGAGCAGCCAUGGCGCGGUGCAGCAACGGGCUCCUGGGCCUGCUGAACGCGGGGGUGCUGGUCCUCUCCCUCGUGGUCCUCGGCGGCGGCAUCUGGCUGAGCCACCGCGCGACCACCACGGACUGCGAGCGGUUCCUGGAGCGGCCCGUCAUCGCGCUCGGGGUGCUCCUCCUGGCGCUCUCCCUCGCGGGCCUGGCUGGGUCCCUCUGCCGCGGCGCAUCCUGCCUCCUCUGGCUCUACCUCCUCGCGCUCUUCCUCCUCAUCGCGCUUCUCUUCGUCUUCACCGUCUUCGCCUUCGCCGUCACCAACCCCGGCGCCGGGUCCGCCGUCUCCGGGAGAGGGUUCAAGGAGUACCGCCUCGGGGCCUACUCCACCUGGCUGCAGAAGCGGGUCGAGGACUCCGGGAACUGGGCUAAGAUCCGGAGCUGCCUCCACGACGGCGGCGUCUGCCAGAAGCUUGGGGACAGGAAGGAGACGCUGCAGCAGUUCGCCCUCAGCAACCUCUCCCCGAUUCAGUCUGGAUGCUGCAAGCCCCCAACAGGGUGCAACUUCGCCUACCAGAGUGAGACUGUCUGGACGAAACCCCCUGGCUUCAACUCUACCGAUAACCCAGAUUGCAUCACAUGGUCAAAUAAUCAGAACGUCCUCUGCUACGACUGCCAGUCAUGCAAGGCUGGCGUGCUCGCUAACCUGAAGAACGACUGGAAAAAGAUUGCCACCGUCAACAUCAUAUUCCUUGUCUUCCUCAUCGUCGUCUACUCUGUUGGUUGCUGUGCUUUCAGGAACAACAGGCAGGACAACUCGUACCCAGCUUGGAAGUGAGAUUCAUGCUGAUGGUUAGGUAAUUAGGCAAGUCAGUCCGAAUGUUUGGCUCAUUGUGGUGUGUCAAGCACCUUAUCAUCUAACUAUAUCCCUGAUGAUGUGUGAACCAUUGUUAGUUUGUGCAUGCUUGCUGUAUUGGGCUCGAAUACAUCAUUUAUUGAUGAUCCUAUUAUCAUGAUAUGUUUACAAGCCCCCCUUUCUUUUCUU